AUGGCCGGUGAAUCUAGUGUAAAUAUAAGUAGAAGUAGUAGAAAUCCCGCUUACACUGAGAUAGAGCCGCCCGAUUGUAAAUCGCCCAAUUUCAUCACCGACGAGGCACAGUUCGUUGGUAAAGGUAACAGAAGAACUUCGACCCCGCUCAGGUCUAGAAGUAGGAGAAGCAGGAGUGUCAGUGGUAGCAGAAUUACGCCGUCGGUGCUUAGUUUGUCGGACGCGCAUUUUUAUGAGGAUUUAGAGGAUUACGUGAAAGAGAUGUCUACAACGAGGGAAACAAUGGACGCGGGUGCGGAGCAAGACGUGUGGAGUCAACUACAGCAGAAGGAGUCUGAUCUGCUUCUUGCUGCGGAGCUAGGGAAGGCGCUUCUGGAGAAGAAUGAGGAGUUGAAGAAGGAACAGGACCGCAUCUCCGAGGAGUACUCUAAAAAACUUGAGGAGUUGGAGCAGGAGAAACACCUGUUGCGCCGUCGGCUCGACACCACCCAGGGGGAGUAUGAGGCCCGUCUCCUCGAGCUUCAGAACGACAUCCGCGAGCUCACGGCGAAGAUCGACUCCAAGGAUAACUGCGUCAAACAGCGCGAGGAAGAAAAGGCCAGUCUGAUAGCGGAGCUCACCGCGCAGAACUCCCGUUUGACCACCCAGCUGAAGGAGUGCUCGGCCACUGAGGCCCAGCUGCUGGCUCAGCUCGAGGCCCUCAAGGACCAGUGCUCCAUGAGGAAGACCAGCCUGCAGGAUCAUGUGCAAAGCCUCAAGUCUCUGAAAGCGGAGCUUGCGCUCGUCAGCGACAAAAAAGCAGACUUGGAACGGCGACUGACGUCAUCACUGCGAGACAAGGACAGCCUGAUGCAACAGCUGGACGAAGCCAACGACAGGAUCGCUGCGCUGGAGAGGCAGCUGAAGGAACAGGAGCACCUAUACCAGAACACCCUCAAGGAGUUGGAGCGUCUCCAGCGGUCGCACGACACCCUGGCCGAGAGAGUCGGCGCCCCCGACCCAGUAGAACACUCUGGAACCGCGCGCUCCCUCCACGCCGAGAUGGAAACGGAAUCCGACGACGAGGACGACGGUUGGCUGAGGAGUGAGGCCGUCCAGGUCUUCAAGCAGCUCAGGGCGCUCGCGCUCCAGCUCAACACCGGCCACGACGAUGACUCCGGACUCCACUCGGAUCUGUCCAUAACGUCCCUGGACGGGGAGGAGGGCGAAACGCUGCGCCGUGGGGCUUUAGCGGCCGCGUGCGCUGACGCCGUGGCGGCCUACGCCACCCUGGAGGGCUCCAGGGUCAGGGACUCCAUCGCGGCGCACGCCAGAAGAGCGCUGGAGAGAGAGAGGCAGAUCGACGAGAAGAACGACAUCAUAGCCGAGCUCUCGUCCAAGUUGUCGGUGGCCGAGGUGGAGCUGCGGGCGGCGGCCGAGGAACGCGACAAGCUUCUCAACGACGCCAACUACAACAGCCUGCAAAACGACGAGGCUGUCACGCGCGCCCGCCUCGAGAGGGACGAGGCCAUAGAGCGAAAGAAGGCUGCAGAGGUGGCUUUGGCGAAGACCAGAGUGGAGCUGAUGCAGGCGAACAGCCAGCUGUACGAAGCUGUACGCCAGAAGGUGGACCUAGGUCAGCAGUUGGAGCAGUGGCAGAUGGACAUGCAAGAGCUCAUCGACGAGCAGAUGAAGCACAAACUCACGACACAGGAGAAGCGGAGGAAGCUGCCGGAGCCGCCUGUGCCCACGCGCGCCUCCAGGCUCCUCGGAUUUUUUCAGCGAGCAAUGCGUAGUGGGAGGGAGACAAAAAGCGGCCUAGUCUGCGUCGCGAACGAGAUAGCAACACCCCCCGCUAAGAUCAACUUUGGAAGCGGAUUGAAGUCUUGUGUCCUGACCGGGCGUGGACCU